AUGGUGUUUCAAGUUGCUUGCAGAUCAGUAGCGAAGCGGUCCUUUCAAUCAACAGCCAGAAGGUCUCUGACGAUUCCGUUUCUGUCAACUUUACCUCAAGCGCCGGGGGGAGUAAAAGGCAAUGUUAACGAUGCUUAUGUACCUCCCCCACCUCACAAGACACAUGGAUCCUUGCACUGGGAUUUUGAAAGAGCGGUAGCCGUUUGUAUGCCACCUCUGGUGGGUAGCGCUUUGGCUUCCGGUGGUGACUUAGGUACGGUGGCUGAUUCCUUGCUGUGCUCGGCUUUGUUUGCCCACUUGUACAUCGGCUUCCAAUCAUGUAUCAUCGACUAUAUUCCUAAAAGGGUCUAUGGUAAGAACUACAACUAUGCGAUGUAUCUGCUAACUUUGGGCAGCAUUGUGGGAGCCGUGGGUGUUUAUAAACUGGAAACGGAAGAGGAGGGCCUAACGGGCGUCGUGCAAAAACUGUGGACCUCGGAACAAAAGGGCGACAACAAAUGA